GUUGCAAGAUGACUGACGAGCCCAUCAAGGAGAUCUUGGGAGGUUCCAAAUGUCCUCAGUGUGCUGCAGUGGAGAAGAGCAACAACAACGACUGCCGGGCAACUGCUGUCCCUUUAGUGAGUGAAUGCCAGCUCACAGCUGCCACGGGGGGUAACGAACUCUCCUGCUAUCGCUGCACGGUCCCUUUUGGCGUGGUGAUCCUCAUUGCCGGAGUGGUGGUCACAUCCGUGGCAUAUAGCUUCAACUCUCACGGGUCCAUAAUCUCUGUGCUUGGAUUGGUUGUCUUGUCAUCGGGACUUCUUUUGCUGGCGUCAAGUGCACUGUGCUGGAAAAUCAGGCAGAGAAGCAAGAAGGCAAAGAGGCGAGAAAGCCAAACCGUUCUCGUCGCAAAUCAGAGAAGUCUGUUUGCUUAAAAAAAUUAAAAACUCCAAACAAAAGGGAUGGAAGAGAGGAUGGAUUAUUAAAUGGACAUGCCUAUUUAUUUGCAGUUGGGUCGCAGGAUAUUUUUAUUCGUGGCUGAGUUGGUAUUAUAACGAUAUGAGUUAAAAGGCC